GGCAGGAAGGUCGGCCAGUAGCCCUGCUGUUCCGACUGCAGUUCCACCCAAACGACGGCCAGGCAAGUUCGCACGAGCCGCUGCUAAAAGGACGCGAGAAGAGUCCUUCUCCCCGCAAGGUGAUAACAAAAAGCAGCGACUAGUGAGCCCCAGCCAACCGAAAGCGUCGUACGCACAAGCAGCGGCAUCUGACCUGACGAUCGUCAUCACGGACGCGAAGUCGGGUUAGAUCUCCGCUGAAACAUCCCACGCCAUUCUCCGCGGGUUGCACCAAGCAAUCGUGGUGGAGGCGAGGAAGAACAUCGUGGGAGCCCGGCCACCUAAAUUCAAGGGUAAACCGGUUUUCGCUGAGGGGCAGCUGAGGGUCUUCGCAGAGGACGAAUACUCGGCCGCCUGGUCUCAGCGAUGCAUCCAGUCCCUAACCUUGCCAGACAUCUCCCUAACGGCAGUUCGCCAGUCGGAGAUGGCAAGGAGAGUUAAGUGCGGGCUCCUUAUACCCAACAUAAACAACUCGUCCUGGGAAGACGUCCGUCAGGCAGCUGACGGACUGAAGUACCAGAAUGAAUGGGCCAAGGUCGGCACUUGGUCCAUCAUUGAGAUACUGCGGCAAGACCAGGGGUGGUUUGUCGCCUUCACAAUCCCCGAAGACCUCGUCCCCGCCUUUAUGGAGAGGGGGAGAUCCCUGAACUGUGGAGUGGGUAAUGUCUACCUCAGGUUCAGGGGUCCCGGAGGCAAAUACCUGGACCAGCCUCCCACCCUGCAGGACUCCACCCUAAGGGUAACGGGAGCACAGGUCCCUAGUCGACAGGCCCUGGGCACCCCCGGUCAGAGUAAAUCUGCCUCCGGAGAGGAAGUUGCCCCCCCAUCGAUGCCCAAGCCAACGACAGCCGAACCCUCGGAGGAUGAACUCCUUGGCACUGGUGAUGAACCAGCCGGGACAUCAUCCGACGGUGAGUACCUGUCGGCUUGGAUAGAGACGGGGCUGGCCGACAUGUUGAAGGAGGGAGGGGAGAUGCAAGACGGAGACCCCACCACCGACAACAUGGACACCGGCUAGUGUCCUACAAGCAAACCUCCAGCACAGCGUGGCCGCUACGGCCCAACUGAGACGCUGCCUGGUAGGUUUGCCAACAGCCGUUGCCCUCCUACAAGAACCAUGGGUGGGCAACGGUCACAUACGCGGGCUCUCCGACACGAAAGGCUGUCGCGACCUAGUCCUCGCCUCGGCGUACAUGCCCGGAGAGGACGAGCCGCCGCCCGCCGAACUACAACGACUGGUCAGCCACUGCGAGAGAGCGGGCCUCGCAUUAAUCAUCGGGGCCGACUCCAACG